UCUAAUGAACUAGAGAAACUGUGGGCAAAACAUAUUGUAGCUCUUACUGAUGAUAUUUUGUAUAGUACACAUCAGCAUUCACACAAUCCUGAGCUACAACUAACAGAACCUGAAAUUGAAAAUGAUGCAUUAAAUCAAUUAGAAACUAUUCUUUUUAUGGUAGAAUAA